AUGUUCAUAUCCACCAUGGAUAAAAGAGACAACAAACCCCUUCUUUAUUCGGGCAUGUCGUUUCACAACAGUAGCACCGAGUCCAAUAUGAGAAAACGGGCGCUAGAUCUGGAUCUACCCGGUUCGAAUCUACUUCCGGGCAUGCAUCCCACCCUCGGAUCCGGCCCGACUCCCCUGAUAUUCCCGGUCCAUGUCCCCCCACCAAUGGCUCAUCAAUCUGCAGACUUAAGGCUGCAAACACCUGUUGACGCUAGAGAACUGCAACGUGUAAGAGUACGUGCAUCCAAGGCAUGCGACCGAUGCCGAAGUCAAAAGGUUAAAUGUUCUGGAGAACAGCCUUGUCUUAAUUGUUCAAAACAUAAUAAAGAAUGCGUGUUUCUGAAACUUACAGAUAAUGGAACCAAACUGCUUGGAAGAAAUUUGGAUAUUAAUGUUCCGGUAUUAUUUGGAUCGUCUGCCUCAGCUCCUGCCCCGGAUCUGUCAUACGUAAUGCACCUCGAAAACCGGGUGCGUUAUCUCGAACUGCUUCUCACGCCGCACUCACUGUCAAUUGCACCCUUGCAUAUUAAUACUGGGGAACAAGAAAAUCCCAGACCACCAAUACUUAGUGCUGUAACGUCCAAAUGGCGGUUCCUGCGUCGACACCAAAAUCGAUUGCUUCAUGAUCUUUGUUCCACACUUUAUACGACACUUCUGGACGAAAAUAAGGUGCUUGUAUCAGUUCCGAGGUCGCAGUAUUUUGGGUGGAAUUUAUCCGGCGUCAAAUAUAUUCCGUCAGAACCGCUUCCGACCGCCCCGCAGUUAGACGUCGAUGAGGCCGAUUUGGUGGACUAUUUUUUCCGAGAAAUCAACAGUGUUUUUGGGGCUAUUCAUGAGCCAGUUUUUCGUGAGCAGCUCAUGGCAUACAAUGAGUUGGUCAAGGAAGAAGCCGAUAAGCAAAAUCAGUCGCUGGAAUCAUUGGCAAGAUUUAAUAGUGCACGGUUAUUUCUGGCCCAGCUCUAUCUCAUGUAUGCACUUUCCACUCGAUUUAAGGAAUUUCUGAAGCCACAAGGUCCCUCAAUGGCAGCACUAGAAGCCGAGGUGGCAGCGUUUCGAUACGGAUAUUCAGUGGUCAAUCUUUUGUCUUUUGAAUGGGAAUCUUUCGAACUUGUCCAAGCCUGGAUUCUCAUCACGCUUUACCUCAGAAUUUCCCACCGACAAACCUCAGCAAACACAGCACUUAACCGGGCCACCACCAUGGUCCGGCUGAUGGGGUUGGGACAAAACCACAUGGUUAUGGCCAAUUCUACGCCGUAUGAGCAGCUUAAAGCGAAGCGAAUAUUUUGGGCCGUUUUCACCAUGGAACGAGUUUUUGGGUUACAAACUGGUCGGUACGGAGCUCUCACGAUGGAGCACGUCAAGAGACCGUUCCCCAUUUUGGAUUAUGAGUCGGAAAAUGAUACCUGGCUUCCAAAACCGGCAUUUGCACUUUUGCAUAUUGCCAGAAUAGCCACCUAUGUGCAUACUUCCGAGCACGACGACUUUGACUUGAUCAAGUACCAGCAAGUGGAAAAGGAGCUUGAGGAUUUGAACCGGUGGUUUGUGGAAAAUGAAUUUUCCGACACCGAUUUAUUCAGCAAAAACCGACGGCUGCAAAUUUCCGGUCUCGCAUUGGCUCAGAUAAAAUUACACUACUACGACUUGAUAAUGUGUGUUCACGGCAAGAUACUCUUUGACUUUCUCGGCAAAAGAAUUGUCAACGAGGGACUCAAAAUCGACCGGGUUUUCACUUCUUGUAUGGGUAUUCUUGGAGUAUUGGAAAAAGUCCACCGGGCCAAACUUCUUUAUGUUCCAUGGUACAGCACUCUAGUGUUGCUAUUUAAUGUCGGAGUCAACUCUUUAACACUUAUUCAUGCCGGACAGCGAGUCCAACAAGCCAAACAUAUGUUUCGAACUGCCAUCAAGCUCAUCACCGUUCUUCAAAAAGCUGCGGUUCACAAUGACCAGGGGAAAAUCCAGGCAAAACACAGGUUCACCAUGGUGCGCGAGUGCUUAUGGGCUCUUAAAAUGACCAGCAGAACUCUUUCAUUGCGUCUUCAACAAGAUUUCUCCGACUUGAAUAAUAUCGGAGUUGACCAUGGUUCUUCCGAAGUCAACAAACAGCACUUUUCUCAAAUGGGAAUUGCCGAAGAAGACUAUGGCGAGGGCCUGUCGUCGCAGCAAACCCCCAACCCGCCGCAAUCCAAAUAUAAUCCGUUCUAUGCACCUUCUUCCACCAUGCCGCAGCCAAUUCCCGACCUCGAUGUUACCCCGGGACUGCUGUCUUCGGGGAUUCUUGAUGAAAAUUUGCAUUUGGGUAAUUUACAGUGGUUUGACCAGUGGAUGGACUUUAACUAUGAUAUUUAA